CCAGAGGCGUAUCUGAGGCACUUACGUUUACUUUAAUGCAUUUUGCAAAUAAAUACGGAAAUCUUUAUCCACAAUGUAUCCUACAGCGAUUACGUCUUGGUCGUAGUUUCAAUAGCUACAACAGACUUUAUUAGUUGCGCCUGCGGAACCGUGUCUCCUUACAUGUUUGUUUCGGAGUGGUUAAGCGCACGGACACGUUUGUGGUUGAGCGGUAGCUAAUGUGUGAUCUUUAGCAGAAAUGUGAUUUGCAGUUUACACCAUCAGUCUGCAGAUAUAACUUGAAUUUGAACAGAUAUGGUAAUUUUUUGACAAGAAGCUAAGCUACCACAGUGACUGUCAGAACAGCUUUUCUCAUGUGAGCUAACGUCAGGCUGCUGUCAGGAGAAGGACCGUGCACUACGAUGCUAACGACUUUAAUGGGCAGAACCCUAACGUUAAAGUCUCUGUUUGCAAAAUUAUCAAUACCGCUUUUAUGAGAUUAAGUUGCAUUGAGUAAAAAACUUAAUCACCAGUAAUCUUCUCUAUCGCAAACCCCAGCCUGUGAUCUAAAACAACUCACAGGAUGCCUAAUACCAGUGCCAGGCCGAAGCAUAGCAGGAGGAACCGCAGGCGACGCAGAGAGGACCCUGCCAGGAACGAGCUGGUCUCUAGUUCCCUAGAAAGCGCCCAGCAGUGCCUGUUCCACCAAGAUUAUGGAACUGCGUUUGUGCACUACCUUCUUGUCCUCAACCUCGCACCUGUGUUUAAGGACUUUGCAAGGGAGUCCUUCAGGUUCACUCUCUUCAAAUGGGCAGAGGAGCUAGACUCUGUGGGCCGUAUUCAGGACCUCUUUAACUGUUACGAACAAGCGCUGGAACUUUUCCCUUCUGACGAGGUCAUCCUAAACAGCAUGGGUGAACACCUGUUCAGGAUGGGAUUUAGAGAUGAGGCUGCAGGUCAUUUCCAUAAAGCCUUGAAGCUGAGACCGGACUACCCUGAAGCCAGGGAGAACUUCUACCGUGUGGCCAACUGGCUGGUGGAGCGCUGGCAUUUCUUAAUGCUCAAUGACCAUGGGAGGAACCAGAAGUACCAGCAGGCCAUUCAGAAGGCUGUUCAGAGCGGCUGCAACACUGUACUUGACAUAGGUACUGGCACUGGGAUCCUUGGUAUGUGUGCUAAGAAGGCAGGGGCUGCCGAGGUGUACGCCUGUGAGCUGUCAAAGACAAUGUACGAACUGGCCUGUGAGGUGGUGACAGCUAAUGGAAUGGAUGGCAGCAUCAAGAUCCUCCAUAUGAAAUCUCUGGAGAUGGAAGUGCCAAAGGACAUCCCACACAGGGUGUCCUUGGUGGUGACGGAGACGGUGGAUGCAGGAUUGUUUGGAGAGGGCAUCAUAGAGAGUCUCAUUCAUGCCUGGCACCACCUCCUGCUGCCUCCACAGAGAGGUGAGAAUGAAUUCAGGGAACAGUCUGCAACAGGACGGGUCAUCCCCGCUGGAGCCACUGUGUUUGGCAUGGCAGUUGAAUGCGUCGAGAUCCGCCGGCAUCACAGGACGUGUGUGUCAGAGGUGGGAGGCCUGUCCAUGGCUGCAGCCGGGGAGCUCCGUAGUCCAGUGAGCUGCAGCUCUGAGCCGGAUGACUCCAUGGAGCCGUACACCACAGAGAGACUCAGCAGACUGCCGGGAGGAUAUAAACCUCUCACUGAGCCCUUCACAGCCCUCAACAUAGAUUUUAAUAAUGUGCAGGAACUGGAGGGCCUGAGCUCCAGGGAGGUUCAGCAGGUCCACCUGCCUGUCCUUCAGGAGGGCGAGCUGGAUGCUCUGGCUGUGUGGUUCCAGCUCCACCUGGAUGAGGAGAGCAGUCUGUCCACUGGACCCCAGGAGGACACCUGCUGGGAGCAAGCCAUCUACCCUGUGCACACCGCCAAGGGUUUUGUGCUGAAACCUGGAGACGAGCUGAUUGUCGAGAUCUCCUGCCGAGAUGCCUACCUGAGGCUCUGCAGUGUCGCUGUGCUGAGAGAGGGUCAUGAGAUGCGUCUGGACAAGCGUGUUGACUCGCAGUACUCUGGAAAUCCCAGUUCAAACCCAAACCCAGAGGCAGAACUGUGCAGUGCGUUAGCAUGUCUUCAGACUGGCCAGAAUCAAACCAAAGACUUCUGCAUGCUGGAAUGUUCAGAAAUGGCGCUCCUCAACAACCAGGAGUACCAUCAGAGUUUUUGCAGUGCAUUAGGAAAACUCACGUCUCAGCUGAAAGUUAAAAGCCGAAACCGAGAGCAAGGAUCAGGUGUUCAGUCUGACAGCAGUGACCUGCUGUACGUGCUGGAUGUGUCAGAGGGCUUUUCUCUGCUCUCUCUCAUCGCUGCCAGCCAGGGUCAUGUAAAAGCCUACAGCUCUGUGGAAAAGGACAAGCAGCAGGAAGUGCUAAAGAGACUGGCUCGCUCCAAUAAUGUCUCAGAACAGCAUCUAGAGUUCUGGCUCAACCACAUAGAGGACGAGCACGGGAUGCUGAAGAGGCCGUCCAGGGAGAAGCUAUGGAGCGCCAUCAUCCUGGACUGUGUAGAGACCUGUGGCCUGAUAAGACAGAAGCUGAUGGAGAAAGCGUCACUGGCCAGGUGUCUGCUGGAGGAAGGAGGACACAUUUUCCCAGAGCGGAUUGUGGUGCAUGGUAUGCUGGUGGAGUCAGACACAUUGCUGCUGGAGAGUGCUGUCCAGGGCCAGGAGCCGACACUGGGUUUCAAUAUUGCUCCCUUCAUCAACCAAUUCACUGUACCAGUCCAUGUGUUUCUGGACUUUUCCACACUGGAGUGCAGGCAUCUCAGCGAGUCUGUGGAGCUCUUUGUUCUCGACCUCAUGGAUGCCAACGCGAACUACACCAACAGAGAAGUGAAGGUUCAGGCUACAUCUGCAGGCAGAAUAACAGCAGUUCCUUUCUGGUACCACAUCUACCUGGACCAGGAGAUCAGUGUCAGCACCCUCAGCCAGAACUCUCACUGGAAGCAGGCGGCUGCUGUGCUGCAGCAGCCCCUAGAAGUACGAGCUGGAGACUGGGUCCAUCUCGCUGUGAAGCUUCACAAGAGCACCAUCUCUAUAUCGGCCCAUGUAGACAGUUCCCCCAGGCCAAUGGUGUAAUAACCGCUUACACUCUAGCUUUGGUUUUAUUUUUAUAUAUUUCAAGUUAAAAUUAGAUUAUUGUCACAUACUCUGUAGGGUAUUUAUUAAUACCAGAAAGGGAUUUCCCUUCUCCAUUGUCAUUUUUCACAAAUGUAAUACCAGUCUUCAAAUUUCCUCGUUUCCCCAGACACACAGGGUCUCUGUUUAGAGAUUUAACAGAAACCUGCAUGACCCAAACUCUUGUACCGGUGGGAAGCAGGUUCAUGACAAAGACUUUUCUAACUAUGAACCUUCAUGUUUUUCUUUGUAAAUUUGCUGUAAAGUCAAAGGACAUUUAUAAUUUGUACUUAUAACAUUUGUAGGUAUAUAAUAUAAAUAUUAUAGUUGUCCCUUGAUUAUGGCUGCAGUUGUUUUUGUAAAGAUGUUUGUGGGUAUCAAUAAAAAAAAAAGAAACAAUAAAUGUGUGACAUUUCCUUAAUAAACAAAAGAAAAAAGAAAUCAGUGAAAAUGUAGUUAAUCUGAUUUAUUGAGGAGACUGUCAGAUGGUUUAAAUUAAAACAUGGAAAAAUUACAUCAGCUGAUGUAAACCUGUCAGUUGUAUUUAAAAAAUAAAAUAAAAUCACGUAAGGCAAUGCAGCAUGUUCGGGCUGGACAUGAUGCAGAUUAUCUUGAUAUGAUACAUUUAUGUAUUCACUGAAUCAACCUGAUAUCCUACAAUGUACAUUAAACAUGUCAAUAUCCCUGCACAUAUGACAAAUAAGCUCAGAAAAUCUAUGGGAGAAAGAAAUGGCUUAGGUGCUUAGCUGCAAAGUUAUUUCAGCUUAAAGGCUAAAAAGGAUGGAAAACUUAUCAAAUAAAACUGAUGCUAGAGUAUAAAUGCUAAACUGAUGUAGUGUACAGACUAGUUCCAUGGCACGUAGAACAAGGCAUCUGAGAAAACUAGUGAUUACAUUUCUAAUAAACACUAUAGAGUGAGCUAUAUGCAGUAAAGCACUGAUAGGAAUUUACAAGAAUGUGCUGAUUGUACAGUUUCAGACUGAAUUGUGGUAGGUUGUUUUAAUACUUGGACCUUACUUACACUAUCUGCUCAAACCCUUCGGAAAUACAUUGUAUUAACAGUGACACUGUAAUGAUGUCACACAUCUUUCAGCAGGUAUUAGAUCUAAAAUACUUCUCACAAGUUUAUUUUUCCACUGAAUAAAUUUAGUCUUAACUGUGCAUCCCGACAAAUUGUUGCUUCUGCUCUUUUAAUCCCUUCCCGCAGGGAUACAUAUCUUCUACUGGUUAGGACCAGUCUAAUGUGCUUUAGUAUGGUAGAUUUUCAUUCAUAUUUACUAACGUCAAUCUAUGUCUUAAGAAAUCACUAUAAAGCAAGAUACAAUAUGAAGAUAACAUUUGUAUUUCAAAAGUUGCAUAUAUCUUUUUAUCAUCCGUCACAUUUGAGAUUGUGAUAUGAUAAAAUUGUGAAAUCAUUUUCUACUUGGAAAGCAUACAUCUUCAUGCUUCACUCAGACACCAGAAGGUUUCAGGUAGACUCAUCUUAAGAAACAUGACGACACAAACACUGGGUUCUUUGAAGAAAGGUGUGCUCUUUGGGACACACAUUAAAACUGACUGUCAGUUAUUCCCAAU